CCUCUGAAUGUGGAUGUCUGUGUGUGAUACCUGGCUGCUCAUGGUGGGGAUAAUCCAGCUGUGAGGAGACACAAACAACGUCUUCACCCGGACACGCGAGGCGACCUGGACGUCAUGUAACGGCUUAUGUUGUCUUUUUUUUUUUUCUUCUUUUUUUUGCCCACCUACGUUUCUGCGCUUGCCGGGAUUUCAGAGAACUAUUGUCCAAGCACCCAGCCCUGCUCAUGACAAAGAUGAGUUGGGAAGCUGGCACACAGUGCGUUGCCAAGGGCGAUAACAGGAAAGCCAAACCUGGAGAGUUGGUUUUCUGCAAAGGAGACAUCCUCACCAUUGUGGAUGCAAGCACGAGGAAAGGAUACUACAGAGCAAGACACAAUAUCACAGGAGAGGAAGGACUCAUAAACUCCACAAAUGUUCGUGAAAGACAGGCUCUACGAGUUGACCCCAGUCUCAGCCUUAUGCCCUGGUUUCAUGGGAAGAUCUCUGGUCCAGAGGCAGUUUGUAAGCUGCACCCGGCUGAGGACGGCCUGUUCCUAGUGAGAGAGAGCAUCCGCCACCCGGGCGAUUACGUCCUGUGUGUCACUGUUUCUGGAGAAGUCAUGCAUUACCGGGUGAUAUACCAGAACAACAAGCUGACUAUUGAUAACAAACAAUAUUUCUACAACCUCAUUGAUAUGAUAGAGUUCUACUCCAAGAACAAAGGCUCCAUCGCUACGACUCUUACAAAGCCCAAGCAGAAACAAGGAGCCAAGUCGGCUGAGCUGGAACUAUCUAAAACUGGAUGGCUGCUGGACAUUACAAAGCUCACACUGAGAGAAAAUAUCGGAGAAGGGGAGUUUGGUGCUGUCUAUGAGGGGGACUAUAUGGGCCAGAGGGUGGCAGUGAAGACCAUUAAAUGUGAUGUCACAGCUCAGGCCUUCCUGCGAGAGACCGCCGUGAUGACGAAGCUGCAGCAUAGAAACCUGGUGCGGUUGCUGGGUGUCAUCCUGGACAAAGGGCUUCACAUUGUCACAGAGCUCAUGACGAAGGGAAGCCUCGUCAACUUUCUCAGGACAAGAGGGCGAUCUGUUUUAGGCGCCAUUCAGCUGCUCCACUUUGCUCUUGAUGUGUGUGAUGGGAUGGAGUACCUGGAGUCAAAGAAACUGAUCCACAGAGAUCUGGCAGCUCGAAACGUCCUGGUCUCCGAGGAGACCGUUGCCAAGGUCAGCGACUUUGGUCUGACCAAGGUGGACUCCAACGAUUCAGACAAAGCCAAGCUGCCAAUCAAAUGGACUGCACCUGAAGCUCUAAUGAAAGACAAAUUCUCCACAAAGUCUGAUGUCUGGAGUUAUGGUGUCCUACUUUGGGAGAUCUUCUCAUACGGUCGCCAGCCUUACCCUAAAAUGUCUCUUAAGGACGUGAAGGAGAAAGUGGUGGAAGGCUAUCGCAUGGAGGCUCCAGAGGACAGUCCCGCCAGUGUUUAUUCCCUGAUGAAGCUUUGCUGGGAGCGGGAGCCUCGCAAAAGACCCAAUUUCCACAAACUAAGAGAGAAGCUUGAACGAGAAGUAAAUAAACUCAGCCCCGGCCCUGCGGCAGAGGACUGUUUGCAUGGAGUUGGGUCUGGAUCAAAGCGUUGAACUUGAGAUUUUUACUUCUGAAAAAGAGCACCAGCUCAUGGUCUGUGAUGUGUAGCGAUAUGGUCAUGUGGGGGAGGCAAAAGAUUGCCUUGUGCGGUAAGAUUUCUCACAUACGUUUAAUCUACUGGAAAAAACAAAGAUUGUUAAUCUCUAAUUCAUUUAAUAGCAAUGAAAACAUGAUUAAUAGUCAAAAAUGAAACUGCACGAUAGAUUAGUCAGACUGAAGCAUGUUCACAUACAGUACCUUCCCAAUGUUUUUGCACUUUAGAAACGGUAUAUUUGUGGUUUGUAGCAUGUGUUUGAGCACUGGUUUGCUGAAUUAUCUGACAUGCUACUGGUUGGAUCUCCAUGAAGCCGCUUACAGACUUUUGUGUUCCACAGUCGGAGAAUCUGCAAAAGAUCAACUUUGGUGCAGAUUUCAUGUCCCUUUCAGGGUACAUUCAAAUAACUUUUAUGUAAUUUAUUGAUUCUAGACUAACUGUGUUUAAGUGUAACUAAACAUAAUUACUUUUAUUAACAGGGAUAUUGUAAAGCAUUUUUGGGAUGCCAUAGUUUUUCUGAAAUUCUGAACACUGGUCUGAAAGAUCUGACUGGUUUGUCGUGCACUGACCAGGUGAUGCGAUAGAAACCACUCAGAUCUAAUCAAAGCUCCCCAGCCACUGCUCAGGUGCUCAGGACAUCCCAGCGGGGGCCAUGUCCUCACUCAGAAGGUCAGAGCUUUUUUUGGCAGCACGAGGUGGAUUGAUUUGACCGUUUGAUAUAAAAAAAUAGUGUUGUGUGACUCAACACCUCUGUGUUUCUUGGGUCUCACUUGGUAGAAGAUAAGUGCUCAUAUUUUUUUUGGAUAAAUACACAUGAACAAAUACUAAUAAAUUACAACUAUUAUAUUUUGUGGACCAUGUCUAAGUGAUAAAUGUGCCUUAAUCUAAUCAAAUUUAUCUACAACGUAGAAUUGAUGAUUUUUCCUGGUUAACCAAAAUCCUGAAUUUUAUGCCUUUACCUCAAAGCACAGGUGAGAACUAAAUGUAAGGGGGACCAAAAGAAGAAGAAAAAAGUUUUGUUAUAAGGGGCAGUUAUUUACUUUGUUAGUUCAAAACUAACAAAGUGGAGAAACAAACUCAGCCUCUCAUGCAGAUCGCACGCAGAUCUUCAAAAUAAAAACAUGUUUCUUUGUUGUUUCUUUUUCAUUCCGCUGCCAUUCUUCCAGUCUCCUGCUGUGGGCUUGGGACCACACAGACAACAAAUGAAACCUUUUGCAUAUGACAGAGAGACUUCGAGCUUUGGCAAGUAACCAGUAUUUGAUUCUCUGGGUGGAAAAGUGAAUCCCCGAAAAUCAAGUUUGUUAUUGAUUGAUCAAAAUGGCAGUCAUAAGUCUGUAUUUAUAAGUGUGUAUGUAUUUUGUACUGUAUUUAUGUCAGUGAUAAAUAUUGGAAAUAAAAGAAGUAUAUAUGAUUGAAGAAGAUAGAAGAAAAUUGUGGAGAGUUUGAAAUAUGUUUUUUUAAUGUUUUUAUGAGCAGACUUGGACAAAGAAUUGACAAUUUUUCAGUAUUUUCCAGAAACCAAAAUGUUGCUUCUUAUCCAUUUGCCAAGCAAAUGUCUCUCAAAUACACAGGGCAAACUUUGAUUCAAUUCAUUCAAAUUUAAUUUCUCUUAUAAGGCUGAAUCUAAGCAUAAUGCAGCAUUUAUUAUUACUUUCUCCUUGCUGGGACUGGGAUUUUGAGAUUAUGUGAGUGAUUUUUGUUAUCCACCAUCCUCUUGGGACAUCUUGGGACUUUGAAGGUACUGAACAUUAUAUUUGUAAUAUGACGUGUUCUGCUGUAUUUGGCUGUCAGCUGCUUUUUAGGAGGAAUGGAAAGAAAUGUUCAAUUUUCACGUCAAAUCUCACCAUGAAAUUAAGCCUCUUUUGAAGGAUUGUUUUCAUGUCAGAAGACCAAAUUAAAGAUGUCAUUUGAUGUAAGAAUGCGUAAGCCUGGUGUUUGUCAGUGUCCCGAGAGAUAGACCAUAAAUUGAGGCUUGAUCCUCUCUCCUGCUAUCAUUGGGGAGAGCCAGGGCCCUCCACGAUCUGUUCAAUCUGCUCUGUGUUUUUGAAGCCUCUAAAGGGAUGAGCAGCAAUUUUUCUGCACGAUUUAUA